GCAUCCUACCGAAUGAAACUGCUGCACGCUGGUUUUUGUUGAUUGCGAUUGGAGUACUUCGGUUAUUUGCGUUGAUGACACAAUGACAAAAAGAUUUCACCGUAUGCUGCGAACGGUGAAGUGAGCAUAGAAGAAAGCAUAACCAGCCAGAAAUAAGCGGUUCCGUGGCAUUUACAACCAAUCUAUAGCGGAAUUACGUGUGCAUUUGUGUUCCUAUACUGUGCGUAUUGUGUCCGUGUGUUUCAGUUCUAUUGUGUCGCAUCUUUCUAUCGUUCCCCAAUCGGGCUCCCCGUAGAACAUCCGUGCGCACACAUUACAGUGAAGUGCCGUGAGAAGUGUAUUACCAUUGUUGUUAUUGUUGGUGUUCAGUUCCGACGCGUAGUGUGUGCCAUCUUUCGUGAUUUGUUAUAUAAUUGCAUGUACGUACGGUUGCCGUACACCACAUAUGCGCCAAUGCCAUGUGCCACCCUUCCCACACGCAGUGAUACAAACAGCGUUGGGCCUACGGCAAACCUUCAGUGGAAUCGUUUCGUUUGGGCGACAGGCCGAUUCUAAUCGCAGCGCGAAAGCGAAAAGUAGGCCUCGAGAGCUCGUCAUCGAGUGUAGAGAAAGUCCGAAGUAAACAAAACAAGUCUGACGCAUUUUUGCAUCAGUGCAUAGUUUGUGUGUGUGUGUAUUUUGUUUGUGGCCCAAAAAUUUGUCCGCUGGUUAGUUCUGGCUGGACAACAAAUACGUUCGCAGCAACCGGAAAAGAAGUAAAAAAAAAACAUUUCGUCAUCAUGUACACGAUGAAGCCGAUUCCGGUCCAACAGCUGCCGACGCAGCAACAACAGCAGCAGAUGGCCAUGCCGCGACAACCUAAGAUGACACCGAUCACAGACGACUACGAUAUUUCCAACACCGUUCUCGGUCUCGGCAUCAACGGCAAGGUGGUACAGUGUACAAGCAAAUCAGCGGGCCACAAGUAUGCGCUUAAGGUACUGCACGACAAUGCCAAGGCACGGCGCGAGGUGGAACUCCACUGGCGAGCGAGCGGUUGCCGAAACAUCGUAAAUGUCAUCGACGUGUACGAGAAUAGCUACAGCGGCAAUCGAUGUUUGCUCGUCGUUAUGGAAUGCAUGGAAGGUGGUGAACUAUUUCAGCGGAUUCAGGAACGACAGGAUGGUCCAUUUACGGAACGAGAGGCCGCCCAAGUCAUGCAUGAAAUAUGUGUCGCUGUCAAGUACUUGCACGAUUCCAACAUCGCACACCGUGAUCUCAAGCCGGAAAAUCUGCUCUACACAUCGCCCCAACCGAACGCCAUACUAAAACUGACAGAUUUUGGCUUCUCGAAGGAAACGUUCAUCAAGGACACGCUACAGACACCGUGCUACACGCCGUACUACGUCGCGCCGGAAGUGCUCGGACCGGAGAAAUAUGAUAAGAGCUGUGAUAUUUGGUCGCUGGGUGUUAUCAUGUACAUACUCUUGUGCGGAUUCCCACCAUUUUACAGUAAUCAAGGACUUGCCAUCUCACCCGGCAUGAAAGCUCGUAUCCGCACGGGACAGUACGAUUUCCCAAACCCCGAAUGGAAAAAGGUUAGUCAAGCGGCAAAGGACCUGAUCAAGGGUAUGCUCAACGUAGAGCCAGAGAAGCGUCUAACGAUUGAACAAGUGAUGAUGAACCCAUGGAUUCGGCUCUACACAGAGGUGCCUCAAACUCCAUUGCACACUGGCCGUAUGUUGAAAGAGGGCGAAGAAAUAUGGCCCGAGGUGCAGGAAGAGAUGACCCGUUCGUUGGCGAACAUGCGAGUCGAUUAUGAGAUGCACAUCAAGAAUCUGGAUAGCUCAAACAAUGCACUGCUCAACAAACGACGGAAGCGUGUCGAAGAGAAAACUCCGCCCAAAGAAUAAUUCGUUUCGGAUUCUGUGCUAAACAUGCCGACGAUAUGUGUGGCCCAUGUUGUGGUCGCCUGGACAUUGCUUCUCCAUUCGCAUUUGGUAACAUGUACUUGACAAUUGCAACAUUUGCACGCAAGCAACCGUUAAACAAUCCCGUUUGAGUGUCAAUCUAGGCGCUUUUUUUUUUUAAAGCCAUUUAAACCGUAAACCCGCGUUUUUAUUUUAUGUAGACCAAGCAGUUAUUUACAGACAAAAGUUCUUCGACAGCAAACAAACAAACAAACAAAAAAAAGACUAGUUUUAAUUCAGUGUUAAGCAUUUUACUGCAAACUACGUGUAUUCCGCUUGUUUGAAAGUUUGUCUUUUAUUCGUGUAAAAGAAGUAAGCUGCAAUUAGAGUUCACGAUUUAAAGCGUGUGUGGCGCUAUCACUGGGGUUAGGGUUUAAUCUUUAACACGUACGACAAAACAAUCGAAAGACGAACGACGAUCAUACUGCAACCGUAUCUUUUCCGCCAUUUAUUCGCAGAGCUUGAAUUUUUAAAUGGAGGCAAACGAUAUGAAAGCUUAUUGGAGGCUAACGCAACCACAAAAAAACACAUCACAUUUCUACACAUUGUAAUGUAAAAAAGAUUUACCAAAUGGUGCUGCUGUUGUGUGAUGCCAUCUCUUUUAGCUUUGUUGUCGUUUAUCCCGUAGGGUACGUAAAACUGGCGUAUGGUUGAUAUGUCGAUGGUGUAAAACGGAGUUUUAUUAUUUUUUUGAAGAAGAUGAAAAAAAAGGUAUGACUGUUAAGCCACAAGACGAUUUACUAAUAGUGUACGAAAGCGUGAAUUGCUUGAAGAAGAAAAUUUUAAAUUUUUAACGCUAAUAAAAAUUAGGCUACUAAAAUACAAGAUAAAAUAGCGCAAACAACAAAAAAAAAAACAAAUCGACAACAAUAAUCCCCGAGGACUAGGGCUUUUGAAGCUUUACGGUCCGCUAACAACACACUUCACAAUUAAAACUCGUCUCGAGUGUGUGUGUGUAUAGCUUUUAGGCAAAUGGAGGGAAAAAAGCACACAGUUCGUCCAUCCAUAAUAAGUGAGAAUAUACAUUAAACAACCGAACCCGAAACAGCAUGCAAUCGAAACGAAAGGAUAACAGUGUGACAAAUCGUGAGGGAUAAAAAAAAAGACUUAAACUCAUCUACGUCGACCUAACAAUUAUUGCGCAUGAUGUGUACAGCAAGUUUAGUGUGUGAGGGGGUAUGAACGUAGCGAUUUUAGCCAUUUGUUAGAUUGUUUGUGCGGUUGUAGUUGAUCCGCAGUUGGAAGAUGAAGUGUGUGUAUGUAUAGUAUAAGGGAGAAAAAAACCCAUCUUGUCAAUUUAUCUUCCUUCCUUCUAAAAUGCCUUCUAAAGCUUCCUAUAACGGUCCCUCGCUCGUUCGUUUCCCUAAAAAGCAUUUAAAAUAUCAUCAAGUGUGUGCGUUGCGUGCGUGUGUGUGUGUGUUGGUAAUGCUUGUGUUGGAUCUCUCCUAUUCGCUAUAUUUAUUCCUUACACAUCCACGUGGUAAACAUUCCGUGUUCCGAUGUCCGUUAUUACCUCAGCCAAACACCUCAACACACUCACCAUUACAAUCCAGCUCGAUAAGGUGGCCAAGAUGCGUUACACGCAGCAUCACUGUUGCAUACUACCGCUUGCGAGACGUUGAUGUUGUGUGCGGUUUUGAUGCAUUUCCGGUUGUGCAAAGAUUAGUCAAACAAAAACACAUUUUACUGUUCAACGACAGACGCUUAUAUAGUAAGGCACAUAUUCCGUAAGCCAACAGCGAGAAAAAAUGGGGGAAAAAUAUACAUAUAACAGAAACAACGAACAUGUAAAAUGUCCUAAAAAAAAGAGUGCUACUCAAUUCUACUAUCCAACCAAUCUACUAAUUGCUUGCAGUAAAAACAAAAACUCCCUAGAAAAGUACGGCUUAUUCAUUUCUCUACUAUUCUUCCUUCCGAUGCCGUUCUGAAAAAAGCCGUCGAAACGAAAGGUUGUUCACGAUGCCGGGUUUUCUAACGCCGGCAUACAUUUACCUAAGCAAAGUAAAGCAAAUGUCUACGUCUAAUUGCUUGGUGCGCUAACAGAAAAAGUCAAAGUUUCGUCCAAGAAGAAUUAAAUGCAAAAAUAAAAUAAAAAAAAAACACAAACAGAUAUGUUGUUAAACAAUGCGAAAUCGAAUGGUACACAAAACGGCGAUAAACAGUGAUCUUGCGAACCCAUUCGCGCACAUAUAGAUAUAUACAUAUAUUAGUGGGGUUGGAAUGUUUUACGGACGUACAUAAAUAUAUUAUAUAUUUCUAAAUUGAGACAAAGCUUGAUCUGGGAAGAUGAGGUGCAAACAAACAGCGAAUAAUAAACAGAGUUGAACCAGUGCAAUCUUUCAUUUUCAAAAACAUUCAACACAA